CGAACUUUCAAAAUAUAUUAUUACAUAUAAGAUCUGUCUGAUUGUCUGAAAAUUUGAAUUCAGCCUUUUUCAUGCUUAUCCACCACUUUUGGGUACUGCCUAGCUCCCGCGCCUGAGUGUGUUAAACACCGUGAAUUGCAACUAUAGUUGUGCGUACCUCAAAAAUGGCGGAUAUGGACCCAUGUCAGAAAGGUUAAUUAUGAAUUGUUUGCAAUUGCAAUAUCAAGCAUAUAUAAUUGUUUGUAAUUAUCAAGCAAGCUAAGAAAAUUCCAUUCAGAGCACAAUCUAUAGAGUACAGUGUUAGUCUGAAGUGUUUUUCCGUGGUUCAGUGAAUUAUCGUUUCGGAUGUUCUUUUUCAUUCUACCGUCCAGAUUACUAUUUCAUGACAUUUCCUCACCCACCUUUUCGAAAUAUAUUACAUAGUUGUGAAUCUAUUUGGCAAUACGUUUGUCUUUUCAUGAGAGUUGGAAAAAGUGCUAAGUAUAAUAUUUGUGUCAUUUUGAAGAUGAUAGAUCUGGCAAAGCAAGGAGAUGAAGCAACAAUUUAUACUUGGAUUAAUGUAAGUUAAUUUUAGCAUUAAUGUAAGAUUACUGUAAGUUAGUUUUAGCAUUUUGGCUUUACUUUGAAUGCUUUGUAAAAAAGCCUCAAAUUGACUUUGCCAACGAUAUCUUCAGUUUAAUUUAGCAAUGUAACAAUCCACGCAUGCUCAGUAAGGAUGGGCUACCUCAUCUUGGGUGUCAAUUUGUAGGCUCAAUUUCCAAUCAUGGGUAUAGGGAAAGUAUUCUGAAUCUCUGAUUAAUUCUUGCGUCACAUAUAUGACAUGAUUUGUCAUAGACAGAAAGAGUAAAACUAAAUAAAAGGCCCAUUUUGUCCACUUUGCGCAUUGACUGGGACCGAGGAAAGAUCAAAGAGUAUGAUUUGUGGACCUGCGAAUGCCAUUACUGGAAACAUUGGCUCAAACGUGGGUUCACAAAACAUACUGUUUCCCGAAAGUCCCAGUCAAAAAAUAUUUUUAUAAUUAUUAUACACCAAGUUUUAAAAUUUUUUGCUUUUUUUACUCGACGAUUUUAUCAACUGAAGUUAUGAAGUAAUGUCCACUGUUCAGAGCUUUUGCUGGGAGACAGUCGAAUAUCGUGAUUCUUACAUGAUACGCUCUUGUCCAAUGAGAUGCAAGAAUACAUGAACUGUGACACUUGGUAUAAAAUAUUCUUUGUCAUAUAUUGUUAUAGAGAAAAGAAAUGAUCCCAAAGGUUUUUGGUGACCUACUUCCACGUUUUCAACAUACUGAGGAUAAUUAUACGGCAGUUUAUAGACUUCCGCCAAGAAAAUUUGACUCUGCUGAUAUGGGUGUGGUAGAAUUUAAAGGAAAUAAGCUACCGCAACUUUUAUCCAAUGAACAGAGAGAUGAACAGAUAAGACAACAUUCAGAUAAUGAUGUUAUAAAGUGGAAAAUGGAAAAUAUACCAUGGAAAGGAACUCCAGUCUGAGUAAAGUAUGAAAAACAAGAUAAUAAAGUCAGUGCUUAAUAUUUCUAUAUAUACAUGUACUCGUCAGCAUGGUUUCUGUUUGCUUGUGGCGGUGCGAGUAUGUCAAAGUUGGGUGUCGAUAUAUAUCUCUACUGAUAGUUAUAUUUGUUAUACAUCCGAACUUUAUUCUCGUUCCUGAUGGGUCAGAUUUCUCAGGCUAAUUCUCAAUAUCCGGUAGCUGUCACCUUACCUGAGCUGCUGACCGACGUUUGGUCAACAAGUGACGUUCACUUGGUGUAACAGCUAGGAUCAAAUUGAAACCAAGCCUAAUAAAUGCAAUAUUUCGUAUCUACUCAAUUUAGAUUCUUACUAGUUUGUAGUUUCCAGGAUGGUAAUCCGUGUUGCCAUGGUAAUUGGGCAAUUUUUUCCGUUGUUUUGUGGCUAGCCCGAUCAUGGGUUAUCCCUCAUGAUCCCCUGUUACCCCAUACUUUCCCUAUAACUAUUGCGUAAUUCUGCCUUUGGCCACCAAGCUGCCUGCGGAGGAGGCUACAUAUACUGUAGGC